AUGAAUAUCGCACAUCCACUCGGUGUAGAAAUCAAUUCUGCAACCUUUGCGUGUUAUUCCUCUAAUGAAAUCAAGAAAUUGUCUGUUAAAGAAAUUGUUAACCCUGCUGUUUUUGAUUCAUUGGGUUUACCUACGGAGGGUGGAGUAUAUGAUCCAGCUUUGGGGCCACUUACUCGUAAUGCUCUCAAAUUAUUAAACCAUGGAUUACUUUUGGACGCACAAAGAAUUGAUGGGGUUGCUGUUGAAGACGCAUUAGCAGCAGAUGAAGAUCAUGGAUCGGAUGAGAGUGAUUUAAUUGAGUUGGAUUCUGAUGAUUAUUUCCGGUCGCUUGGCAAGAAGACGUAUAACGCUAUUGCAAUUAAUGCUGAACGUAAAAAUGUAGUAGCAGAAUUUCUGCAAAAGUCAUCUAUUCCAAAACAAUCGCAAAAGAAUCAAGAGUUAGCUAUGAAAGAUCAGAAUUUAUCAAUAGAAGAAGAUCAAUCACACGUUAAUCAAAACUCUAAAACAGCAAAAAAAUAUAUUACACCGGAAGAAUUACGCGAACAUUUUCGUAAGCUUUUUGUGAAUGAGUCAGAUCUUUGCUCUUUAUUAUAUAGCAAACGAGUACUUUUAUUGGAUAAAAUGAAUUCUCGGACUGAGGCCGUCCAUGCAGAUAUAUUCUUUAUGGACGCGAUUGCUGUCCCCCCUACGCGUUUUCGUCCAGCUUCAAUUUUACCUAAUAAGACAGCGAUGAAUCCACAAAAUGAACAUUUUACCAGAAUUUUGAACGCACGUCUAGAACUUUGCACUCAUGCUGCAAUGUUGGAUAAAAACAAGAUACUUGUAGAUAAUAAUGAGACAAGCCACGUAGAUGUUGUUGACAACCUGAUGAAAAACUGGGUCGAAUUGCAGAAUGCAGUAAAUGGCAUGUUUGAUAAUACGAAAGGAAAUUUAAAACCAAUGCGUAACAGAGAACCAGUCGCCGAACCGGUGACAUCAUACAAUGUUAAAGAGUUGAGCCAGGCUGUGUCAAAUGGUCCGGAUAUAUGGCCAGGUGCUACAUUUAUUCAAAAUGAGAAUGGUUCUUUGAUAAAUUUAGCGAGUUUAUCACUAGAAUCUCGCAUAUCCCUUGGACAACAGUUGCUUAGAGAACAGCAAGACAAACCAUCUUUUACUCAAUAUUUUGUCAAGACACCAUACAUAAACAAAAAAAUAUAUCGUCAUCUUCAAGAUGGUGAUAUGUUGCUAAUCAACCGACAACCUACUCUUCACAAGCCAUCUAUAAUGGCACAUCGUGCUCGUGUGUUGAAAGGAGAGAUGACAAUUCGUAUGCACUAUGCUAACUAUGAAAUGAAUAUGCAUUUUCCUCAAAAUGAAAUUGCUCGUGCUGAAGCCUUUCUAAUAGGCAGCACAAGCUUGAUUCAAGAUCAUGUAGUGGCUGGUGUGUGGAUGACCUGUAAAGAUACAUUUUUUACGAAGGCUGAUUAUCAGCAGAUCGUGUUUUCUGCACUGAGACUAGAUCCUUCUGAUUCGAGACGAAUUCUGACCGUGCCUCCUGCUGUACAAAAACCGAAAGCAUUGUGGACUGGCAAACAAAUGAAUUUAACUGUUGGUCUUGUCCCUCUAAAUUUGCGGUCUAAAACCAAGAUUUCGUCUAAGUACUGGGGAUGGUGUGCGCCUGAAGAAGAAACAGUAAUUUUUAUUGAUGGAGAAUUUCUCACUGGAGUCCUUGAUAAAUCACAAAUUGGAGAUUCUGCGUUUGGAUUGGUUCAUUCAUGUUAUGAAUUAUAUUCUGCUAAUGUUACUGGUCAGUUUCUUAGUGUUAUGGGCCGCUUAUUUACAAUCUAUAUGCAACGAUACGGAUUUUCGUGUCGUAUGGACGAUUUGAGAUUGACACCAGAAGGCGACCAAGAACGAAAGGAAUUAAUGAAUGAUAAUAUGGACCUGGGCAGAAUUGCCGCCUUUGAUUAUGUUGGACUAGGCAAUUCUGUCGAGAACACAGAUUUACCAAGUGUAGAUAAAGGCCAGCAGGAAUUAGAAGGUCGUCGUGUACCAGUAAUGAUUAGUGGAAAGACUCUUCCAUCUUUUCUGCCUUAUGAACCUUCCGCACGUGCAGGAGGAUUUAUUGGUGGUCGAUUCUUAACUGGUAUAAAGCCACAGGGCCUUAUCGAUACGGCUGUGAAGACAAGUCGUUCUGGUUAUUUACAACGCUGUCUCAUUAAACACCUGGAAAGCUUAAAAGUACAUUACGAUCAUACAGUGAGAGAUAGUGAUGGCUCUGUUAUUCAAUUCCAUUAUGGGGAAGAUUCACUUGAUAUCACCAAGCAAAAACAUCUUUACGAGUUUAAGUUUAAUACAGAAAAUCACAAAGCACUGCUACAAAAGUACGAUAUUGUAAAAGCACAAAAAGUGUUGAAUACUUCUUGCGCGUCUAUUUAUGCGAAGAAGGCUGCAAAGAAGCCUCAAAAAUAUGAUCCUGUACUUUCUCGAUAUUCACCGAGUACUUAUCUAGGAUGUGUUUCCGAGAAAUUCCAUAAAGCUUUAGAAAAGUAUACGAAUGAGGAUCCGGAUGGCUUAUUUAAAGCAGACUCAAUAUCCAAACCGGCUUUUAGAAAACUUAUGCAUCUUAAAUACCUUCAUAGCUUAGCUGAACCCGGCGAAGCAGUUGGGUUACUAGCAGCUCAAGGUAUUGGCGAGCCAUCCACACAAAUGACGUUGAAUACCUUCCAUUUUGCCGGAUUUGGUGCGAAAAACGUCACCCUCGGUAUUCCUCGUUUACGUGAAAUAAUUAUGACAGCAUCAGAAAAGAUAAAGACACCAAUGAUGACACUUCCAUUGCUUGAAAAUGUGUCUGAGCAAGAGUAUUCUAAAUUCUGUCAAGAAAUAAGCAAAAUAACUUUAGCCGAAAUUGUAGAUCAAAUGAUAGUAACUGAACGAUUGUCUAGCAAACGAGAUUCAGAUGGAUCUGUUCGAUGCAGGGUUUAUAAUAUUCGUAUGCAAUUCUAUCCACGAGAAGAAUAUACUGAAGAAUUCAAUAUCGUACCUUCGCAAAUAGAAUGCGCAAUCGAAUCAAAAUUUAUAAAGCAUCUUAUGAGCGCGAUAUCUAAUGAACUUAAAAGUACUAAAAGCAAGAAUGAAAUUUACGAUGUUCAAGAUACAGAUAAAUUUACAAACAGAACAAGAAAAGAUGUUAUAUUUGACGAAGAUGAACCGAUUAAUGCUGGUGGAGAUGAAUCUGAUGAUGGUGAUGGCGAUGCUACUAAUGCAAGAAUAAAUUCUAAAGCCAAACAGUUUGCGACCUACGAUGGACCGGAUGAUGAUGAUCUUGAGAUCAUUAAGGAAAAUGACCUUGCAUUUCGCAAUGAAGACUCAGAAACGGAUGAAGGUGAUGAGCGGACAGAAGAUAUGGAUGACGAUACGGACCAAUCACAAGAGUUAUUCUCUAAGUUGCGAGAUAAAACUAAAAGAUCAGAUUUACGGGACAAAAUCGUGGAGUCUUCAACCUAUGUCACCGAUUACCAGUUUGACCAUACCAAUUCACGUUGGUGUGAUAUAGAAUUGCAGUUUCCCGCUGAUUCCAAAAAAUUGUUAUUGCUAAGCCUAGCUGAAGAUGCAUGUAAAAAGACCGUUAUCCGUGAAGUUAGUGGAAUUAACAAAAGUUAUCCAAUCACGAGUGAUAUUGAGGGAGAUACAUCAAAAACUAUUGCGACUGAAGGAGUUAAUUUUCGUCAAAUAUGGUUAUAUGAUGACAUAAUCGACAUUAACAAAAUUUAUUCUAAUGAUAUCGCCGCUAUUCUCAAAAACUACGGGGUCGAAGCUGCAAGAGGGGCUAUAAUGAAAGAGAUAUCAGAUGUAUUUGCAGCGUACAGUAUAAACGUAGACCCAAGGCAUUUGACACUUGUUGCGGAUUAUAUGACUUUUGAAGGAACGUUUAAACCGUUUAACCGAAUGGGUCUUGCAUCUAAUUCAUCACCUUUUCUUCAGAUGAGUUUUGAGUCUACUUGCAAUUUCUUGACUCAUGCAACGCUUAAUAAUGCUACUGAUACAUUAAAUUCGCCAUCGGCAAGAUUGGUACUUGGCAAAGUUGUACAAGGCGGUACUGGUAUUUUUGAAACUCAGCAGCCACCCCAGGGCCAACAGCCUUCUCAAACGCAGCAGCAACAGAAUCAGCAACAGCUGUUAUCCGCUCACUCACAAGUUGACCAAAAUCAGAGGAACGGCAUGCAUAUAAAGAGGGAACAAAGAUUGUUGAAUGCUUACGUAUACGAUUUCUUAAAACGCAGUGGUGCUACAGAAACAGCAAAAGCUUAUUUAAGAGAAGGUGAUUUUCAGAACUGUGUUAAAAAUGACGGUACCGCAAAUUCAAUAAACGGAAGUUCAAGUUCUGAUAAUGAUAACACACCGUUACCUGACGUCGAUGUACCUGUACAAGCACCUGAAGGUUUUCUAUACGAAUGGUGGACUGUUUUUUGGGAUAUAUAUAGUGCAAAAUUAAAUCGUCCUGGAACUGCUGACGCGCAUCGCUAUGUAGUAGAUCAGCAAAGUAUGUUACAAAACGCAGCGAUGGUCCAAGCUCAAAACGCACUUCCUAGCCAAUCACAACAACCAUCAACGCCUACAUCCCAAGUUGUGGUAUCUGGAUCCGCACAAGUACAUAUGGCCCAGCCCGGUCCAACACAGGCUAACCCUUCUUUGAAACGUAAUAACGAGGGAGUGAAUCAGCCUUUAUCAUCACCUACAAAGAGAGCGAGAAUGAACGAAUCUAAUUACUUACAAAAUGUCGCGGCGCAACGACCUGGCACAGUAAAUCAGCAAGCUCAGUUACCAAUUGGACAGCAAAAUAAUAUGGUAUUAACCACGGACCCACAACUGAUGAACCAGGUUAACCUUCAAAUGAAAAAUCCUCACGAUCCCAACGCAAACAUUCACAACAAUCCUUUACAUGCAAUACCGAUGCAAAACGCGAUUAACCAAGCCAAUCUUAUUCGACCGAACAUCCCUGGCACCAUUAUGCAAAAUUACGGUGGAAUGGGAAUGGCCGGAAUGGUUUCAUAUCCAAACAACUUAAUAAUGCAGCGGACAAUAAUGAGGCCUAAUGAUCCUAACGCACAAAAAUUCUCUCAAAAUAUUCUUAGUGGUAUGGAUCAAAACUCAAUAGAUAAAUAUAAACAACAACAGACUCAACAACAGCAGUCGAGUGGCGGCUCUUCCAUCGCUGCAACCACGCCACAACAGAUGGUAGUUUCAAAUGGACAGGCACAGUCACAGCAAAGUGCACCAACUCCAUCAUCGGGAGUAAUGACUUCUAUUAAUUCUCAACAAGAUAUGCAAUCUUCUUCUCUCAAUACGAAUCUCAAUACGAAUUUAGAGGAGAUUGCGAGUUUUGCUGCGCAAUUUGAUUUGCCAAUUGAGGAUUUGAAUUAUGAUUUUCUCGGAACUGGUGCUGGAACCACUGAUAAUUCACUUGAUAUUGGCGAUAUUCUUAACCUCGAGUUAUUAGAUGAUAUUGGAUCAACAAAUAAUUCAGGUCCAA